AUGCUGCUCAGCAGAUGGGACAGUGAAGGUUUGGAGGAGAGAAUUGGUGGGGAAGACGGUAAAACAUGUUCUUGUACAGACAUUGUUGAAUCAAGAAAACGCGGUGACGGCGCUGGCUGUGAACGCGGCUGCGGAGGUGGUGUACGGCGGAUCAUCAGACGGGUUGGUGACUUUUGGGAGAGGGAGAAGCAUUUUAUGGCUCACGGCGGUGUGCUUAAGGGUCACAAGUUGGCGGUGUUGUGCUUAGCGGUGGGUGGUGGUUGGUGUUCAGUGGGUCGGCGGACAAGAGUAUAUGUGUUUGGAGGAGAAAGGAGGCUGGGGUCCACACGUGCGUGUCUGUGCUGA